AUGAGAGAGACCAGGCCUCUCCAGGUCCGCUGGGCAGGGGGCAGAGUAACCAGCAAGAGAACUUACGCGGCUGCUCCCGGGUGCCACAAGGUCAGGAGGUCUCCGCCCCGGCCCGCUGGAAUCUUCAAGUUACCCAGAGGCUUUCACGGGGUUGAGUCACGUGUAUGGCGCAGACCGUCUCAACACCUCGCGACUCUCUCGAGGCUGCGCCCGAGAACACGUCUGCCACGGCGGGAAUGGCGGGGAGCACUUCCGGUCCAAGCCGAGGGCGGGGGCGGUGAGGAGACUGCGAUUGCCCGGAUGAAGCUCUCAGCAAGUAACACUGAGGAUAUCUCUGAUGUCUCUUUCUCAUCUGUCACUGUCCCUAAAAUGCUGAUGACCAUGCAGACUCACCACUUCAUUUCCUACCCACAGUUUAUUUCUCAGUUGUAUUUUUAUUUAUUUUUUGGUUGUCUUGAUCAUUUUCUUCUGGGGCAAUUUUGGUUCUGUACUUUUCUUCCUCAUUAAGCAGUGAUGGCAUAUGACAGGUAUGUGGCCAUCUGUCACCCUCUACAAUACACCACCAUCAUGAGGGAGAGGCUGUAUGUGCUGCUGGUGGCUGGUCCCUGGAUUAUCUCCUAUGGCAGUGCACUGUUGCACACCCUCCUCCUUGCCCAGGUGUCCUUCUGUGCUGACAGCAUCAUUCCCCACUUUUUCUGUAGUCUCUCCAUUCCACUCGAGCUGUCCUGUGAGCUGGUCAUAUUCACUGAAGGGGUUAUGGUUGUCAUUUUUCCACUGAGUGGCAUCCUGGUUUGUUAUGGCCAUACUAGAGCCUCUUAUCCUGAGAGUCCCUCUACCAAAGGGAGCAAAGCCUUGUCCACCUGUGGCUCCCACCUGUCCAUGGUGUCUCUCUUCUAUGGGGCAAUUUUGGUUCUGCACUUUUCUUACUCAUCAAGCAACUCCACUGACAAGGACAUGAUCGUCCCUCUGAUGUACACAGUAGUCAUCCCUGUGUUAAAUCCUUUCAUCUACGGUCUGAGAAACAGAGAUAUGAAAUUGGCUCUGAGACUAUUGUCAGAAAAAGUAUCCUUUUUGCCAAGUUCAAAUCACCUAAUUGUGUUCUUAUUUCACACUCUGACCUUGUUGGACAUCCUGAAAAAUGGUGUGUUGACCACCCAUCUCUCUAACAUCCUCUCAACUUCCUUACUGGAUCUAUUCCCUUUUACUUUACUCUUAUUUGUUGUCCUCUUAUUCUUCCAUAAUCCGAAAUAUGCCAUUUCCCACAACACACAUUCAACUUGUAGUCUUCAAACUCCUUAUUAGUCAGGCAUGGCCUGAUCAUCCUGAAUAGCUCACACUGUUGUGUUCUGCUGCUGAGAAGAGAUGGAACACUUGCUAAGAUCACAGAGCACACCAACCACCUCUCUCAAAAGGAAAAUGGCACCUGCACUUUAUGCUUCCUUCUAAAAGAUAAAACUGGUUUAGCUUCAGGCUACGAUUACAAGUGUGAAAUGUGGCUAUUUCUGACUCCUAUGUGGCAGAGAGCAGAAUUCCCAAGUGUGUUACAGUGCCUCACUUUGUCUGUAAUGCAGUGAACAACUGGCCCUUCAAGCAAAGCCAGUUUUUUAAGUUUUGUGCAAUACUGUUUUGAUAGGUAAGAAAAAACCCUCUUACCUGUAAGAAAAGGUAACAUGACUCGCAAUCAUAACUGUUUCUG